AUGGGGAGCUUGAAGACCCAUGCGGCGCAGUUGGAGCGCAACAAAAUCAAAGACUUCGAUCCCGAAGACGAAGCAUAUCUGCAACCAGCCGGCAGUGACGACCCUGAGUCUGAGGAAGACGGACGAAACAAUGCAGGCCGUGAGCACUACGAAGCGGUCGAUCAGAGCCGAUUGCGAAAGCCAGCGCAGCCAAUUCUUGGGCCAAAAUAUGAGGGCGUGGCUGUAACUCGCAAAGCGCUGGAAGAUGAUGCUGAUGACGACGAUCCAUUUGCGCCAGUUGAAGAAGACGACGAGGAGGAUCCCUUUGCCACCAAGGGCGGGCAAGCUUCCGGCUCCGAAGGUGGGCCAGAAGAGGCUGACGAUCUGGAUCUGGACUUAGAAGCUGAAGAGGACGAGGAGAUUGACAGUGAUGAGGCCCUGGGUGAGAGCGACGUGGAGCGCUUCAAACACUUGAAAUUUCGCGGCAGCAAGAGCAAUCAGACAAAGGCCGUCGGAUCGGAUGAGGAUGGGUUUCCAGAAGCAGAUGCAGAUCCAGAGGAUUUGCUUUCAGACGAGUCCGACAGUAAAUCCACCGAUCCUUCUGACAUUGACAUGGAGGACAAGGAAGACGAAGAUGACGCUUCCUCGGCAUCUUCAGCCACUUCUCCACCUCCACGGCGCAGCAAAUCAGCACGUUCCAUGGAUCGCGAAGAACUCAGAAGAGCCGCAGAGUCCGCAUCAACUGCUGGGCUGGCAUCUACGCUUUCAACUGGGGCCACUGCCGACGUGAAGAAAGGUCAGGCGGUCAAGCAGCAGCGGCAGGCCUUCGAACGCCUCCUAGAUGCCCGGAUCAAGCUACAGAAAGGUGUUGCUGCUAUGAACGAGUUGCCUUCGGAUACAAUCACCGAUGAGGAAGUCAAAGCUGCCGCAAGAAAAGCCGAGGAUGCGGCGCUCACGUUAUGGUCAACUAUUGAUUCCAUCCGCUCGAGCAUCCUCUCCAACCAGAUUGACACUACCCCUGACUCCAAUAAGGCAGAACGAAAGCGCCCGCUCAAUCCAACAGGCUCGACCUCCCUUACACAAAUCUGGGAACACACCACCUCUCUCGAGACGCAAGCCCAGGCGCACCGCCGCACAGUCCUUGACAAAUGGCACACAAAAACCCAACCAAUUCUCGACACUACGCAACAACGAUCAAAGCUUCUAAAGCCGUCACAAGCAGGGAAUUCCCGCCUUACAGACGUGCUCGACACCUACCUGCUUUCAGAAUCCUCCAAGAUCACUUCUCAUUCCUACUCGUCGUCAACCCACGCAUUCGAUGACACUACAUUCUAUCAAUCCCUCCUCCGCGACCUGGUCGCUUCCCGCUCAGCAGCGAAUGCCAGCGGCGUCCUCACCACGCAACUGGCUGGUCCUCAAAAGUUACACCCAAGUGGCAGUAAAAACAAAAAGAUUGACACCAAAGCAUCCAAAGGUCGCAAAAUCAGGUAUACGGUACACGAAAAGCUAGAGAACUUCAUGGCACCUGAGGAUCGAAAUACGUGGACGGAGGCUGCGAGGGCAGAGUUCUUCGGGAGUCUACUAGGAAACGUGAAUGCAUUGGCAGAGAAGGAAGUAAGUGGAAUGGAUGAAAUGGAUGAAGAGAUCACCGAAGGAGAGGCGUUGAGGCUGUUUAGAAGCUGA